AUGAGGCUCCCGGCGCAGUUUGACGAUACCAAUUACCAAUCAUAUGGAAAGUUCAGUAGCAUAUCCAUUAUUGGUAUAACAUCAGACUAUUCUCAAACCAUUCCUUAUUGUGAUCAGACUAUUGUCGGGAUUAAAGUUGUGCUGAUUGUGUUGAUAUUUGUGGGGAUUAUUAACGCCGAUGUUGAUAGUGGAAGACGUGGAGAAGGAGGUGACUUCUUUGAAUGUCACGGUGAGCGGGGGAAGAAGAAAGGAUGCGCGGCGAUAGUGACGUUUCCCAGCUUCUGUGAACCCGCAAACUUGACCGGCGGGGAAAUGAUGUGA